AUGCCAGGCUGGCCCUGGUGGCUGCUGCUGGCGGCGGGCACCCUCUCGGCCGCGCUGGGCCCGGGCCCGCCGGUCCAGCCCGACCCGUGCCAUGACGAGGACGGCGCCCCCCGCAGCUGCGUGCCCGGCCUGGUGAACGCCGCGCUGGGCCGCGAGGUGCGGGCGUCCAGCACGUGUGGCCGGCCAGCCUCGCGGACCUGCGAUGCCUCCGACCCGCGGCGGGCACACCCUGCCGCCCUCCUAACCUCCGCGGGUGCUUCCCCCGGGCCACAGUGCUGGCGCUCCGAGGCGCUCACGCAGUCACCCCUCAACGUGACCCUGACGGUGCCGCUGGGCAAGGCCUUCGAGCUGGUGUUCGUCAGUGUGCGCUUCUGUUCCGCGCCGCCCGCAGCCGUGGCCCUGCUCAAGUCACAGGACCACGGACGCAGCUGGGCCCCGCUGGGAUUCUUCUCGGCUCGCUGCGGCCCCGACUUCGGUCGCCCUCCGGCCCCGGCCCAUGGCCCGCUUGGGCCAGGACCCGAAGCCCUGUGCUUCCCAGCGCCCCAGGCCCUGCCCGGAGGGGGUGGCCUGCUGGCCUUCAGCAUGCAGGACGGCAGCCCGCCAGGCCUGGACCUGGACAGCAGUCCGGUGCUCCAGGAUUGGGUGACAGCCACCGACAUCCAGGUGGUGCUCACCAGGCCCGCCACCACAGGGGACACAUGGGACUCGGCGGCCAGCAGCACCUACUCCUACUCUGCCGCGGAGCUCCAGGUGGGCGGGCGCUGCAAGUGCAACGGGCACGCGGCGCGGUGCCGCCCGGACCCACAGGGCCAUCUGCUGUGUGACUGCCAGCACGGCACAGAAGGCCCUGACUGCAGCCGCUGCAAGCCCUUCUACUGUGACCGGCCGUGGCAGCGUGCCACGGCCCGGGAGGCGCACGCUUGCCUGGCUUGCUCCUGCAAUGGCCACGCCCGCCGCUGCCGCUUCAACAUGGAGCUGUUCCGCCUCUCUGGCCGCCGCAGCGGGGGUGUCUGCCUCAACUGUCGCCACAACACUGCCGGCCGCCACUGCCACUACUGCCGGGAGGGCUUCUACCGAGACCCCGGCCGGGCCCUGAGUGACCGGCGCGCCUGCCGCGCCUGUGACUGUCACCCUGUCGGUGCCGCGGGCAAAACCUGCAACCAGACCACAGGCCAGUGUCCCUGCAAGGACGGUGUGGCCGGCCUCACAUGUGACCGCUGUGCCCCUGGCUUCCAGCAGAGCCGCUCCCCCGUGGCGCCCUGUGUCAAGACCCCGGACCCGAAGCCCACGGAAGAGAGUGGCCCCACGAAGCCCCAGGACUGCACUUCGCACUGCCAGCCUGCACGUGGCAGCUACCGCAUCAGCCUGAAGAAGUUCUGCAGGAAAGACUACGCGGUGCAGGUGGCGGUGGGCGCGGCAGGCGAGGCGCGCGGCGCGUGGACGCGCUUCCCGGUGGCCGUACUCGCCGUGUUCCGGAGCGGCGAGGAGCGCGCGCGGCGCGGAAGCAGCGCGCUGUGGGUGCCGGCGCGGGACGCGGCCUGCGGUUGCCCGCGCCUGCUGCCCGGGCGCCGCUAUCUCCUGCUGGGGGGCGGGCCGGGCGCCGGGGCGCCGGGGGCCCGGGGGCCCGGACUCAGCGCCACCCGCGGGAGCCUCGUGCUGCCGUGGCGGGACGCCUGGACGCGGCGCCUGCGGAGGCUGCAGCGGCGCGAGCGGCGGGGACGCUGCGAGGCAGCCUAGCUCGUGGGGUGGCCCCGCCCGCGCCUCCGCCGCUGGACGUGACGGCGUCUCCUCGGAGCUGCCCGGAGCCCCGUUCCGCCUCCGCG